AUAAUGAUAGCUGAACAAGAGGGAAUGUUGUCAAAGAUGAAUGAAGAUAGGGGUCCCUUUAAGCGUCCCCCCUGCCUUCCCCCCUUCCUCUUGCCUGAAUGCAUGACCACAAGAUGAAGGUUUUGUGUGUGUGUGUGUGUUUUUUUUCCGCCCAUCAUCAGGCUGAGAAGCCGCCAGUAGGUGGUGCUUCGCUGACGGGCUGGGGGAAGGCAGAAAGGAAAGGGGACACGGGGCAGGGUUUUUUUUUAUUUUGAUUAAACCGCCGAACGUUUUUUUUUUAAUUUCUUCCCCCCCCACCCUUCCCUUUUUUUUUGCAAUUUGUGCCUGUGUAGGGAGGGAGGGAAGGAAGGAGGGUGAGAGAGCACUGUUUGCUUUCGAGAUGUCUGCGACUUGUCAGCAAAGUGAAUGUCGAGUGAUCCCCACCAGGAGAGUUACCCUGAACGAUGCAACGCAGCUACCUCAUGACUACUGCACUACCCCAGGGGGGACCCUGUUCUCCACCACUCCCGGAGGAACCCGAAUAAUUUACGAUCGGAAGUUUCUGAUGGAGUGUCGCCAUUCCCCAGUUGCCAAGACCCCUCCCCGUUAUCUCCCACACAUCCCAGGUGUGACUACGCCUGGCACCACUGAUGAUGCCAAGAUAGAUGUGAAUGAUUCUGGCCACUGUGCUGAUAACACCAACCGUGAGAGGAAGACCACUGCCGGGGAUGAUGCUCAGUUCGAGAUGGACAUCUAAGUUCUCCGUGUGCUGACUCCACUUUGAGACACUUUGACCUGGCCUGCGAUUCUGAGCACCCGAGACCUCUGCAGUGAUACACAAGCUCCUCUGAAAUCUGCCAAAAAAAAUGUUUAAACCAAUAAGUUUUACCUGUGGCCAAGUAAUUAAUCCUGCAACAAUCUCACUUUGGUCACAUGACAGUGAAUCAUGUAUUUUGCAACCAGACAAGUUGGUCCUAAUUUUCCACUAAAUUCUUGAAAAUAAUUGAGGGGAGUGGGGCGUGGGAGAGAGAGAAAGGCCCUUUCAUUUUCAGAGAAAGGUGAAAGUUUUUUGUUAAAGAACAAAAGAUGAUUUUUUUUAAGCUAUAUGUACACAGCCAUUUUGAAUCACUUCCCUAACACACCGCAACUUGAGAGCUGAGAAUAAUAUUUUCAUUUUUAAAAUUUAAGUUUUUUGAAAAGGGUUUUGGUACAGAGCCAUGAUGUUAUACUCAGUUUUUGGGAAGAAUGUUGUUCUGAGUUCUACACAACUCUGCAGCAAGAGCUCCUUGCUUAAUUAUUUUAAUUAUAAUCCAUUGAACUCCUAAGCUUUGUUUUAGUUUAGACUAAAUGUUCCCCAGGUUUUUUUUUAUUUUAAAGCAGUUGUUUGGUUCAGGAAAGCGUCUCCGCCUUGAAUAUUUUGGCUGCUUUGUUCCAAUAUUCUUUGCAUUCAGGAUGGAACAUGUACUGCAUGCGCUUUAGUUCUGUAGUGGAAGACAAUGCAGGAUCUGGGAAGCUGCAUGUAAAUAAGUGUCUCCACCCCCAAGUAGGAAGAGUUUGGGUGUAUGUGCUUGACAAAGUCCACAGUUAACAGCAGAUCACACUGGCAACUGUGAGCUAUUGUCUUUAUACAGCUGCCACCUAGUUAUGACUUGCAAACUUGUUUUUAUUGUUAGCUGAAAAUGAAUGGACCUAUCUUGUUAUUUAUUUACUGAGAUUGAUUGUUGCUCGAAUUGGGGUUGCUUUCUGUGAACUGCCAGGCUAAGGCCAGGUCCAAGGAGCGCGUGGAGAUUGCAGUUUUCCUUCUUUACUUCCUCCCUUCUUUUUCCCCCCUCCCCAAAAGAAAAGGAUUUUUGUGUAACUUUUUCCACACUUGAGUGUUUUGGGUUGGUGAGGUUUAGCCUUUAUUAAUUUGACCAGUUGGGGUUAAUCACGGCCUGCGAUCCUGGUCCUGGAGGGCAGGUCAGGAGACUAACUUUGGAAGAUGCAGUUCCGUCUUGGCAUUGCCUGCGUCAGACUGCUAGGCUUCAGUGAUUUUUUUUUGCUUUUAAGCACAUUUUCUUGAUUUAAAAUAAAGGUGGCAGGAACGGUGGAAAGCAGAAGACGGGUUAGCACUUAAAGUGGGUGUACUUUGCUUUAGAACUCAAACCUUGGAAGUCAGAGCAGAGAAACAUUGAAUGUUCCUGUAUAUGAGCUCUCCAUCUAAAUUCACCAUGUACGCAAUUCCUUAUUCCUUUUUUAAAGUGGCUUAUUCUUUCUCAAAGAAUUUAUGAAAGUGGCUUUAAUAGUGGUUUGUGGGAGGAAGUUCCACUCUCUUUUCAUUUCCUAACUGGUGAGCUUUCAACCACUCCCCGCAACCGCCCCCCCCCCCCCCCCCCCACCCCAACAAACCUCAGUUUAUUGAUCAGUGCCAGUAUUUGUCAGUUUCUGUGCUUUGUCACCUCCAGCAUGUGUUUUUUCCCUUUUUAUUUUAAAAAAAAAACACCAAAGACUGCGGACACUGAAAAUCAGAAACAAAAUCAGAAAAUUCUGUAGAAACUCAGCAGGUCUGGCAGCAUCUGUGGAAAGUAGAGUUAACAUUUUGGGUCCAGUGACCCUUCCUCAGAACAGUUCUGAGGAAGGGUCACUGGACCUGAAACAUUAACUCUCUUUUUUCCAAGAAUUUCUGAUUUUUGUUUGUAGUUUUUUUUUUUCUUGAUUGGGGGCGCGGGGUGCAGAUUUGUAGCAAAGCCUCAUUGUUGGUGCUGCAACUACUAAAUAGAAAUCAAUAAAAUCAGCUGCUUGGGUAGUUUGAGAUGGGAUCAACUCAAAUGGCCAACAAAACAAUCAAAUUGUGUGGUAAAUUUGGUUAAUUUUUUUAGCAAGUAUAAUUUGGUCAAUCAGUUGUAUUUUUCUCCUAUAACCACUGAAAGGAAUCCUGGAGCCAUGAUUUUCCUGAUUGUGCCAGGACAUAAUUAUUUGACAGAAAUGGUGUUUGCUGCUGUUUUUAUAGAGCAACCUUUAUGUUGAACCUUUCAACCACCAUUCUCGGUCUGUUCAAACGGUGUUUACGCUAUAACUCUUGAGUAGAUGUUGACUGAUGGUGAUGCACACACAUCUCCAAAACAUCCAACUCUUGCUUGGUAAUUUUUUAAACCAGCUAGAGUUUUCUUCCCCCUCCUGUCACUCUCUCUAAGUUCAGGACACCAUGUCAAUGUUAGUGCCCAUACUGCCUCCCUGGUUCAAUUUGGCGAAUGUGACAUUGUGACACUGCGCAAAUGAGACAUGAGACAGAGCAGAGACUCCUCCUGUGUACUAACCUUGUUGCCCUUCCUCCUAAAUGAUAGCAAUCAUCAUGUGGAGUGGGUAUUGAAGCUGUCCUACCCUGUGUGUAGAUCUGCCUCACUACCACUAGCAUCAUCACUGCCAUGGGUCAGGCAACGCUCCUUGGUGCUCCCCUUAAGUCCACAAGGUGAGGGAGCGAAUGCUCCUAUUCUGAACCCAAUCCCCUGCCCCAUCCCAGUGUUCACUGUUUACUGCCUGUAAGUGGAAAGUCAUCCUAUUCUCGUCUGCUGCUUCCGCAUACACCAGGACUACUAUGAAACCACAUGAUUAAUGCCAGCCAAUCCUGAACCCCCACUACGCACUGCAGCAUUUCUACUGUGUUUGUAUGAUUUGUCAGCUGAUAAAUUGGUUAUUUUCCUUUGUACCGUACAGCUCUAUUAAGGCAGUUAUUGUGUUGCAGGCCUUCACUGACCCCCCCACCCCCACUACCGCCGUCUACUCCUUUGUUCCCCUCCCCCCGCUAUUCCUCAAUAGUGAACAUAGGACUUAGAGCAGGAGUAGGCUGUUCAGCCCUGCAAAUGUGCUCUGCCAUUCACUAAGAUCAUGGCUGAUCUCAUUGUGGUUUCAACCCCACAUUCCUGCUUCUUCCUCUUUCCCCCCUUCCCUCCCCCAGAAGCCCCCGAGUCCCAUGACCAUCAAAAAUCCCUCUAACUCAGUCUUGAAUAAAUUCAAUAACCCAGUUACUCCCACCACAGCUCUCUGUGGAAAAGACUUCCCCAGACUGAUGAUCCUCUGAGAGAAGAAAUAUUUUCUGUCUCAGAAAAAGUGAUCUCUUAUUUUUUGAACUCUGUCCCAUGGUUCUGGUCUCCCUCAGAAGGGGAAACAUCCUUUCACCAUCCAUUCUGUCACCACUCCUGAAGAUCUUGUCUUUCACUGAGAUCAUUUCAUUCUUCUAAACACCAGUGGGUAAAGUGUCCAACUUUUCUCCACAAGAUAAACCACAGUGUCUCAGUUUUUCAGGUGUUUGCCCAACUAGGAAGGCUGCAGAUGCAAUUGCUCCUCCCUCCAGUGUUAGCUGUCCUCAACAGGAGUAGUGACUGUGGGACCUUGGUACGUAGCAUCAAUAUUCUGAACUUGAGACAGAGGGUCAAACCUCAAUUUCCUCACUCCUCAUCAGUAAUCCCGAGAGUGUGAAGGAUGAGAGGGAUGAGAUGUUGGCUUGCUCAUGAUGGGAUUGUGGUAAACCAAUGAUCAGCAUCUUAGCUUUAGACACUGAACGUUUCGUGGAUAAAUUGCCUGUGUAUGUGCUGCCAUUCUUCAGAUAUCAAGGACAUAACUGUCCCAGUUCCACUUUUGGACCAGUGCCAGGACUAGUGAGUGCACAAUACAGUGCUAGGUCCCAGUGAAUAGUAUGCUGUGCACUCUAGCCCACAGGUUUCAAAUAAUUGGGAAGACUCCUGUGAUGGCAGGUAUAGUGCAGGCAACUGGGGAGGGACAAGAUUGAUCUGUCUGGGGGGUUAGAGGGGAGAGAAGUGUCUGUGGUGUCAGCCUGUUCCUUGCCACACUGUGUCUUGGUUGCAGUCUCUAAUUAUGAGAAGUCUGGGGCUCUGGUAAGUCAGAAACUUGGGCUUACCCUGCGUAGACUUUGACCUGUUCUAGGAGGCAAGACUGCUCAGCACAUUCCUGCUCCCCAUUCAGAUUGGAGCCUUCGGUUGCCAACUCAAGACAGACGCAUUCCUGGAGAUCGCAUCACAUGACCUCCCCUUCCAUUCCUAACAGAAUGGAUCUGAUUGGAUUAAAAAUAAUUUUUUUUCCCCAUAAUGAAUGGAAGUGCUUAAAAAUUUUUUUUAAAAAUUGUUUUGUUCUCCAUUCCCCUGGGAUAUUCACAGCACUGACUUUCAUUUGAGUUCCUUAGCCAAUUGGUGGCACCUCCAUUGUUCUGACACAUCCUCAUUUUGCCACCCCACUCCCCAUUAAAUCACAUCUGUUGGCAAGCUAUGUACAGUUGGGUGUUGCUGUAUGUUGGUACUACAUGGAUUUAUCAUCGAUGGCAAAAAACCUUUGUAUGGAAUAAUAUUUCCAAAAACAAUAAACUUUAUCCUUUUA